UUUUUUUUUUUUUUCGCAGGUCUUGGCUGCCUUGAUCUUGACAUUCUUGGCGUCGACGACGACUAUAAACCACUAACACAUUUACCUGCUCCUCCUCCUUCCGACUAUCUGACAAUGCACAGUGCUACAAAUGGUCGCCGGGGAGGGAACCGUCAUGGCCCCCAAACCGCUCCGAGAAGGGGUCGUGGCGCGUCCACCAGCACUCGCGUCCCUGUGGUUGCAGCCACUUCUGCUGCCAACUCACCUACCGUCCCCUUGAGGUCUUCCACCACCAGGACCGUCACCAGGGGCGGCACUUUGAAUAUGAGGCGCUCUCGGGAACAAGCUGCUGAGGACUCUACCGCCAACAAGAGGCAGGCAGUAGAGGGCCCAUCUGUCAAUGAAGUCCUUGUUGAGGACUUGGAUCCUUCUGCUGAGGAAGUACGAGAUGAGGGCGCCACUGCUCCUGGUGCCGGCACAGCUGUGGGUGGUUCUCUGGUAUCUCAAAACACUUCUUCUAUUAAGGAGAAGUUGAGAGAGCUGAUUGCCACUCCUAGCUUCCUCUCCAACCUUUCUCCUGGGAUCUUUUAUAGGUUCCGGGAAUGGAUUGAGAAAAAGGAGGUGCCGUUAAGCGACACGGUGGCGGCCGCUUUCGCUCCUCAGGCUGUGACCCCUGGCAAGAUCUAUCAGCCAAAUUGGGACGUCAGGGAGGAUGAAUCCUUGUACUCUGACAUCCCUGAGAACGGUGGCAUUCUUGCCUACCGUAUUCUCAAGGGUAUGCAGCUGCCCUUGGAUCGCCCUUCAGGCUCUCUGAAGACUCCUGCUGCUAGGCUGGCUCAUGACCAGUUAGUGGCCAACAAUGCUGCUAUCGAGCUGAUAGAGCAGUACUUGGAGUACCAGAGGCUGGCGGACUCCUACAAAACCUCGCUGGAGACUUGCCAGGAGUUACUUCAGGAGGCCGAGAAGAAGGUGGCGCCUCUAGAGGAUGAAGUGGCGACCUUGAGGGACAGGGCGUCACUCCUGGAAGAGACUGAAGAGAAUGUUAAAGCUCUGACUAAGGCGGUGGAGGUCGCUAAUAAUGAGAAAGAGAUAGCUGUUCUGGACGCCUCCGCCGCUGAGGCUCGGGGGGCCGCCAACGCUGUUGCUGAGUUCAAAGCGUCCGAUGAGUAUGUGGCGGAGCUGCAUAAGAGAUAUGACGGUGGCUGGGCCGCUGCUAUGAGAUGUGUCUGCAAAACCGUUCCAGGCUUUGACUGGAACGUUAUUGAAGAUGCUCAUGCGGCGGGCCAACAUCUGUCACCUUUUGAGGGGGAUCCUAACUUUGCGGAUGAGGACGCCAUAGCAGAUGUGGAUCCUCGGGAGCCCACGACGCCAGGACCUCAUGCCCCUUGAAGCUUUUGGCGGCCAUCUACCAGCUCUUCCUGUUCUUCAAACAGUCUUUAGUUUUCGUUUUUUGCAUCCGAGUUUGUAAUAUCUUUUUUGAACUAUUGGUGUUGUAACUCGCCCUUUGGUGGCGUCUUGA